AUGCAGACCCUGAAGGUGUUGGACCCCGAGGUCCCACAGCAGGUCAAGGACAUGACCGGGACUGACCUGGGGCUUCCUGAUCCUGAGUUCAUCCUCUCGCUUCUGGAGAAGAUGCAGACUCAGGAGAUCCUGAGGAUGCUGCGGCUGCCCGAGCUAGGCGACUUGGGCCAGUUUUUCCGCAGCCUCUCAGCCACCACCCUCGUGAGUAUGGGUGCACUGGCUGCCAUCCUCGCCUACUGGUUCACUCACCGGCCAAAGGCCUUGCAACCACCGUGCAAUCUCCUGAUGCAGUCAGAGGAGGUGGAGGACAGUGGUGGGGCCCGGCGAUCUGUGAUAGGGGAUGGCCCUCAACUGCUCACCCACUACUAUGACGAUGCCAGGACCAUGUACGAGGUGUUCCGCCGUGGACUUAGCAUCUCAGGGAAUGGACCCUGUCUUGGCUUCAGGAAUCCCAAGAAGCCGUAUCAGUGGCUGUCCUACCAGGAGGUGGCCGACAGGGCUGAAUUUCUAGGGUCUGGACUUCUCCAGCACAAUUGUAAACCAUGUACAGAUCAGUUUAUCGGCGUUUUUGCACAAAAUCGACCAGAGUGGAUCAUCGCGGAGCUUGCCUGCUACACAUACUCUAUGGUGGUGGUCCCACUGUAUGACACCCUGGGCCCGGGGGCAAUCCGCUACAUCAUUAACACAGCCGACAUCAGCACUGUGAUCGUGGAUAAACCUCAGAAAGCCGUGGUUCUGCUGGAGCACGUGGAGAGGAAGGAGACACCAGGGCUCAAGCUGAUCAUCCUCAUGGAACCAUUCGAGGAAGCUUUGAAAGACAGAGGGCAAGACUGCGGGGUGGUCAUUAAGUCCAUGCAGGCUGUGGAGGACUGUGGCCAGCGGAAUCACCAUGUUCCUGUGCCCCCGAAACCCAGUGACCUCUCCAUUGUGUGUUUCACAAGCGGCACAACAGGGAACCCAAAAGGUGCGAUGCUCACCCAUGGGAACGUGGUGGCUGAUUUCUCAGGCUUUCUGAAAGUGACAGAGAAAGUGAUCUUUCCGAGACAGGACGAUGUGCUCAUCUCCUUCCUGCCUCUGGCUCACAUGUUUGAGAGAGUCAUCCAGUCUGUCGUCUACUGCCAUGGAGGACGCGUCGGCUUCUUCCAGGGAGACAUCCGCCUCCUCUCAGAUGACAUGAAGGCUCUGUGUCCCACCAUCUUCCCUGUGGUCCCACGACUACUGAACCGCAUGUACGACAAGAUCUUCAGCCAGGCAGACACAUCAUUAAAGCGCUGGCUCCUGGAAUUUGCAGCAAAGCGUAAACAGGCUGAGGUCCGGAGUGGAAUCAUCAGGAAUGAUAGUAUCUGGGAUGAACUCUUCUUUCAUAAGAUUCAGGCCAGUCUUGGUGGGUGCGUGCGGAUGAUUGUUACUGGAGCGGCCCCCGCGUCACCAACGGUCCUGGGAUUCCUCCGGGCAGCUCUGGGGUGCCAGGUUUAUGAAGGUUAUGGCCAAACUGAGUGCACAGCUGGAUGUACCUUCACUACACCCGGGGACUGGACAUCAGGGCACGUAGGAGCACCUCUGCCCUGCAAUCAUAUCAAGCUCGUGGAUGUCAAGGAACUGAACUAUUGGACCAGCAAAGGAGAAGGAGAGAUAUGUGUGAGAGGACCAAACGUGUUCAAAGGUUACUUGAAAGAUCCGGAGAGGACAAAGGAGGCCCUGGACGACGACGGCUGGCUUCACACUGGAGACAUUGGGAAGUGGCUGCCAGCUGGAACUCUUAAAAUUAUUGAUCGGAAGAAGCACAUAUUUAAACUUGCUCAGGGAGAAUAUAUUGCGCCCGAGAUGAUUGAGAACAUCUACAUCCGGAGUGAGCCUGUUGCACAAGUGUAUGUCCAUGGGGACAGCUUAAAGGCCUCUUUGGUGGGCAUUGUCGUGCCUGACCCGGAAGUCAUGCCCUCUUGGGCCCAGAAGAGAGGAAUUGAAGGGACGUAUGCAGAGCUCUGCACAAAUAAGGAGCUGAAGAAAGCCGUUUUGGAAGAUAUGGUGAGGUUAGGAAAAGAAAGUGGACUCCAUUCUUUUGAACAGGUUAAAGCCAUUCACAUCCACUCUGAUAUGUUCUCAGUUCAAAAUGGCUUGCUGACACCAACACUAAAGGCUAAGAGACCUGAGCUGAGAGAGUACUUCAAAAAACAAAUAGAAGAGCUUUACUCAAUCUCCAUGUGA